UGUGUCACUGUCAUAAUCGAUUUAUUGCAAAAUAACCUCGCAAUCGCAACCGGUUAAAGAAACGUAAAUUUUUAUAGAUAUAUUUCUUGAGCUGGCUACGGCAUACAAAUUGCCGAUAUAAGUCAAAUUAUAUUGAUUAAAAUUGUAAUUUGUUAGUUUAUUUAAUAAGACAGUUGAGUUCCUGCUGUAAAAAUGCCAAAAAAUAAGAAGAAAGAAGAGAGUUCCAGUAGCGACAGUGAUGAUGGUCCUGUGGAUAGAAAUCCACCUCCAGAGAAAAAAGCAAAGAUGGGAUCCAGGACAGAUGAUAAAGAACCAACAUGGGUUCUACAGGGAAAAAAAUUGGUUAAAGUCAGGGAGUUCAAAGGGAAAGUGUAUGUGGAUGUGAGAGAAUUUUAUGAGAAGAAUGGAGAGCUGCUGCCAGGAAAGAAGGGAAUCAGUCUGACUCCAGAACAGUGGAGGAAGCUAUUGUCACUGGGUGAUGAAAUCAAUGAGACUAUAAGCUCUAAAUGUUAAGUUUAUUGUAUGUUUCUAUUUGUUAUACAUAUAAAUAAAGAAUUUAAGCAAUCAUCUUUGAAGA